AUGUUCCAAGACCUCGACAUAUCUGACUUCGGGCUCAACAACGCUGCCGAGAUCUCGGCGUUGUUCCAGUUUGAAUCGCUGCCGGAGCCCGACUUCGACAGCCGGUCGGGUGAUAGCAAUCAUCUUUGGGAUAGCGAUGGGUUCAUGAAGGAAGUUGACAUCGGCGAAAGGGGCUUGCCUGAGCCAGUCGUCUUCAACUCGACCGGCGAUUCAAACGACGAGGUAGAGCGCGUACACCAAACAGACCCCGCGCCCUCGCCGUCCAUUGGUGCUGAGUCACUCUCCACACCUUCGUUGACUACGACGAGCCCAUCGUCGGAAUCAUCAGCAUCGCCCGUGUCCACUCCUCCGCUGCUGUACUUUCCACAGCCCCCAUCGCCUUUACCUUCGCCUCCUUCGCCUACUCAACCACCACCUCCGGUGUCCAGACGGUCUGCAUCUCGGGACACACCGGCGGCGCGCAAGGUAGUACCGCUUCCGAGACAGAGCCGGAGUGCUGCCCGCAAGCAGCCUCAACGACAGGAAGGAGCUAUCGUGGGAGCUCGGACAGGCCGGGACCAGGCUCCUGCAAUUUCGUCGCAGCCUCAGCCUGAGGCAUCGUCAUCUCGGGUGACGCUGGACAACCACGCAGAGACAGUAACCAGCUUCCCUGGUACCACUACCACUCGUCCGAGCAUUCAUCCUUAUUCCCUGCCGCCCGUCUCUGCGCAUAAGUCGCAUACGACGACCUACUACACAGGAACACAGGCACUCGCGGCGCCGAUGAGGCCCGCAUUCGAGAUACCCGUGAGGGAAGACCAGGUCGAGACCCGGCAAGGGUACAGAGCAUUCAGCGUUGCGGCUUCUGCGUCCAGUGCGAGAUCGGAGGAUGGAGGAGCUCCCGGUAUCACCACACCAUCUGCACCUAUUUUGGACGGAACCUUCGUCCAUACGUUCGUGCGAUCCGCGCCCCCUCAGCCAUACAUACAGCCGUAUACCAGCUCGGCUUGGACAUCAUCCUACGUGCCUGCCGAUUCACUCGCCUUCUCUGCGUCAACGCCCGGACAGAAGCGGAGACGAGGAUCUGAGGCCGAUGAAGACGGCGACACGCGCCCCGACCGGCACCUCACCAACCCCGAGCCAAGGCACGACCCAUGCUCCAACUCACGCUGA